AUUUUGGCGUCAUAGUUAAUAGCCUAAUAUUAAAUUAGGAAUCCUUUGUAUCUUUGGAAACUUUUAUUAGUAUAAAUAUAUCUGACAGGUACCCUAUUGGGGAACCUUUCCCAUUAUUUCACAUGGUAUCAAGAGCCUAAUUUUUUUCUCUCUCCUUCCUCCAAACCCUCGAUUAUUCUUUCUAAGCCAUGUCUUCGGCUGCAGGUUCAACCAUCAAUGCCCUGCACUCAUCGGCCGAGUUUACUUCUUCUUCCAUGGCAGUCUCCACCACUGCCUCAAUUUCCUCGACUACGGCGCCGGCAUCCGCUACCUUUACCGACGCGGCCGUAGUCAUCACCAGCGCCCCUGUCAACAUGCUUGAGCCGCAGCAGGUGAUUUCUUCUCAAACGGGAUCGGUCGUGCCAACUGCGUCUUCUUCACUGGUUCCUGAUGUUCCUGAUAUUUGCAGGGUACCAUUGAUCAUGGUCUAUGGCUUCAGCCUACACCUAAGGCGACCUGCAUUGUGGCAUAUUCAGACGCAGAUUGGGCCGGCUGUCCCGAUACCUCUCGGUCCACCACCGGCUACGCAGUAUUUCUUGGGCCCAAUCUUGUAUCUUGGAAGUCAAAGAAGCAGCCUACUGUUUCCAAAUCCUCUACAGAAGCAGAGUAUCGAGCCAUCGCCUACACGGUGCAGGACACAAUACACAUUCGGUCCAUUCUAUUUGAGCUUGGUUUUCCAGUCACAGCACCGGUACGUUUGUUUUGUGACAACAUCUCUGCUUCCUACUUGACAGCCAAUCUUGUUCAGCAUGCUCGGAGUAAGCAUAUCUAGAUAGAUUAUCACUUUGUUCGUGAACGUGUGGCUCAUGGUGAUCUUGUUGUUAAAUAUGUUCCUACCAGUCUUCAGUUAGCGAUAUAUUUACUAAAAGUCUCUCUAGUCAGCAAUUUCAUUUUUUAAAGGACAACCUGCGCGUUGUAUCUCCCGCGCAGUUUGAGGGGGUGUAAUAGCCUAAUACUCCCUCCGUCCCAAUAUAAAAGGCACACUUUCCUUUUCGGUCCGUCCCAAUAUAAAAGGCACAUUUCCCUUUUUGGCAAACAAAACAGUGCAAAACAGUGCCAAACAGUGUCCAAACAGUGCUAAACAGUGUCUAA